UCCCACCCCCCUUCCCCCUCCCGUCCCCUCCUCUCUGCUCGCGAACGCGACUCCUCUCGCGCACGCAGAGAGAGAGAGAGAGAGAAAAAUAUCGAUCUGCUCGUUUAGCUCUCGCCGUCUCGCUCUCGCGGUGGUGGAUGAGCGGCGGUCUCGCCGCCGCCGCUGCAUCCAGCCGGGGGCUCCAGACCGCGCCGCCGGGCAUGGCGAGCAUUGGGCGCAGCAGAUCGAGGCGCAGGGGAGAGGCCGGCGAAGGGUGGCUGGAGAGGAAUGCGGCGGGCUCCACUCCCCCCGCCGUCGAUCACCGUGGGACCAUGCUGAGGAAACAAGCAAGUAAUCCUGGGAUGCUUUCUGAUUCUAUGCUUGCUGUGGAGAACUGGCAAAGUAAACCUAAGAAGGCUAGUGGUAUACCAAUCAAAACACUUAUUGAUGAAGAAUUCUCGAAGGAUUUCAAUGCUAGGCACACUUCGCCAGGUGUCGUAGGAAGACUAAUGGGUCUUGAUUCACUGCCUUCAUUUGGAACCACUAAUCAAAACAGAAAUGCCCAAAGUCAUGCAGAAAAGUCCUCACCUUGUUACUCUCAUGAUAGGCGUAGUUUUUCUGAAUAUAUACCACAUCGGAGAAGCACAGAUGAGAUUCCAGAAGUCAAAGAUGUUUUUGAAGUUAUGGAGGCAACAAGAAUGAAAAUACACCAGAGCCCAAGAUCUACAAGUGGAAAUGGAACUUCCACAUUUAACAAGACUGGCAGUCCUGAUCUAGAUCAGAUGAGGCAAAAAAUUAUAGAUGCAAAACGACUUUCUGCUGAUGAAUCCCUUCAGCUAUCAGAAGAGCUCAGUGAAACACUAGACACAUUGGUAUCUAAUAAAGAUCUUCUUUUGCAAUUUCUUCAGAAACUUGAUCCUAUAGUCAAAAGAGACCUACAUGAUCAUGAUUCUCCAUCCUCUACUGCCAAUUGCAUUACAAUAUUAAAACCAUCUAGAAGAAAUCAAUUUACUGAUGCAGACGAUAUCUAUUCAUCGCAAGAUAAAGGUGCUGAAAGCUACGUCUACAACCAAAAGGAAGUUGAACACUCUCAGAGUAGACGAUAUGCUAAGUUGCCCAGUCAAUCCCCAAAAGAAGGCUCUGGUUUACUAAGACAGAAACUGUCAAGGCCAAGUCACCAGGAAAUCAGUGACCAGCAAAUGUGCUCCACACGGAUUGUUGUCCUGAAGCCAAGUCUUGAUAAAGCUCAGGACAUUGAAGGAGCCUUUGCCUUAAGAAAUGAACUAACUCGUUUUGAUUUUAGGAGGCACAAACCAUGUCAUGGUGAUGCUAUGUGGAACUCAUGUACUGAAGAAUACAUAGGCCCCUUGAGAGAUUCUGAAACGUUAGAUGAUGUGGCAAAGGGGUCUAAAGAAAUUGCUAGAGGGGUUAUGAAACAAAUGAGAGCUGCUAGGGGUGUUGGAAGCAGGAAGCAAAUACUCAAACCAGAGACCAGCACGUCUGUUUCAGAUGAAAGGUCACAGUUUCUGUCAUCUGUUUCUAAUGUCAAGUCUCCUGAGGUAUUUCAUAGAUCUUCUGAGCUACUUGAUGGAUGGGCUUCUUCUAGCUUCACGUCCUCGCCAGCAUAUUCAAAAGAAACAAAAGUUAGCAGGGAGGCCAAGAAACACCUUUCUAACAGAUGGAAGGCUGCCCACCGAAAUCAGCAUCAAGAAGACAAGAAUAGUGGGUUCAGCAUGCUUGGAGACAUGCUUGCUCUUUCUGACCAGGAAGCUUCAAAAGUUGCUACCCAGAAAAUAUCAAACAAGAAAAAUCCAAGGGGUGAAUCACAUAAAGAUAGAAUGCCAAGCACAUGUAACACUCGUGUUGGCAUCAGCAGCAAUGAUGGCUGGCGAGAUGCGGCUACAAGUAAUUUACCAAGGUCCAAAUCUCUUCCAACACCCUUCAAUCGGGGAGUUCAGAAGUCAAACAACAGAAAACGAACUGGCAGGCAUAAUGAGUUUUCUAUGCUGAAAGAUGUUCUCAAAGUAGGAACUCAUGAUUCUGAACAUGCAUGCCACAGCAGGAAUAGAAAAUCUCUGUUUCGAGAUGUGACACUUCAUAGCGAUGAAGCUGAUCUUGUCUCCUCAGAUAAUGAGGAAAGAAUGAUAAUUGAACGUGAAAUACAUGUAAAUUCAGAGGAGCCAACAAAUGGUAUUGCUUUGACUGAUUCAUCUAAAGAGACACUUCUACAUCCUUCAAGUCCUGAUAAUGAGUUAGAUACAGUGUACUAUCUGGAUACAAGUCCUGUGGUUGCUGGACAGAAGAAAGAACUCUGCUCUCCUGAUAGACAGAACCAGCAGAUGCAUCAACAGUCACCAAUAGAAUUAGAUGACCAUCUUGUUUUAUCUAGUCUCAACAGUUUGGUGGCUGAGGCUGAUAGAAUUGUACAGCAUCAGGAUGAUGACAACCCAGUGUGUAAAUUUGAGGAAAAAUCAGUGUCUGCCACUAGGAUUGAUGACCAUCAAAGUGAUAGCAAUCAAGCCCCAUGGAUGAUUCGAUCUGAAUCUCCAGUGAGCUCAAGCAAAGAUGAGCAACAAAGUCCAGUUUCUGUUCUUGAAUCUUCUUUGGACGCGGAAGACAUUUACUCUGGUGAUUUUGAGAAAAUUAGUGCUGAUCUUCAAGGACUGAGAAUGCAACUGCGACUUCUCAAGAUGGAAGCUACAGACAGCGCAGAUGACACUGAGCUAAUAUUGAGUGAUGAUGAGCUUACCUCAGCAAGUCAGCCACCGCCAGAUAAGGAAAUAUCCCAUGCUUUUAGGGAUGAAGAAGAAAGGGAUUUCUCUUAUGUACUUGAUAUGCUGAUUGUUUUGGGCAUUAAUGCUGCUAACCGGGAUCAGCUACUAGACGUGUGCUACUUAGCAGAGUGCCCAGCUGGACCUGAUGUAUUUGACAUACUUGAAAACAAGUACAAUAGCCUCAUUCUAUGGCCGUCACCUGAGAGGAAGCUCCUGUUUGAUCUCGCAAACGAUGUCAUCACAGAUAUAAUCACCUCUCUGAUGCAGCGGAGCUCAAAGGGCUUGUCUUGGAGUUGGUCGACCAGAUUGGACCAGGAGGGAUUUGUUGAGGUGGUGUGGCAAAGGGUGAUCGAGCUCCGACAAGAAAUGGAGUAUGCUCAUGAGGGUCUAUUUAUGGACUUGGGGUGGGUUGGUUCUGAAGACGGCAUUGAUCUUAUUGCUAGUGAAGUCGGGAGAAUGUUACAUGAGGAUCUCCUGCAGGAAACCAUAUCCGGGUUUCUAGGGGUGACAAAAUCUGCUAUGUUCUGUGGCUAGACAUGAUUUGAUCCCUACAGCCAUUAAAGCAUACUGGCAGUUCAGUGGUUGAUGCCUUGAUGGUUGCUGGAAGCUGCCACGAAUUGGUCAAAGAACUUUGAAAAUUUUCUCGUGGCUACUGAAAAACAGAAGGUGAGAUUGUUUUAGCCUUUAGGUGUGCUGGCGACUGUCAGCCAAGUAAAUUUCCGGUUGGAACUGGUUGUAACUAUGGGGGUUUAAUAACUGUGACCUAGGAGUUGGCCCUCCUGACUAGACAAGAAAAAAAAGUACAUUUUCUGUGGCAUGAUGCCGGAGUAUAAGUUUUGGCAUGAACCAAAAUCGUAUAUGUGUUGAAUUUACCUGCAUGCAAGUAAUACCUGUGUUAUUCUUGUUAGCUAAUGUGGCAAUGCUAGUGUUUAUUCCAUAUUCAGUGGGGAAGCAUACGUCCGAGGAAGAUGCUAGCUUUGACAUUCUUGCUGUAAUGUCGUGACUUGUGAGCUUGCGAUUGCAAAGCUGGGAACACCCUCGUUCCGCCCAAUGCUAUUGGGUUCGAGUGACUGGUGAACCUGUUCCAAUUUGGUGCAGACUGCUGAAAAUCCGUUCAGUCUUGCCGUUAAUUCA